GUUGCUGACGUUAACAUUCAUUUUACUUCAUUGUUUGAUCCGAGGUUUGAUAGUGAUUAUCUUUUCACAGGACAGAAAUUGAGCAAGCAUCCUUGUUUAAAUGGACUUCAAUACUAUGUUGAACCAAAUGGCAGCUCAACAACAGGGCAUACCGUUAGAUAUGACGAGAGGAGAAGUAAAUGAAGGCCAGGAUUUUUUACCUGAAAAUGUUCAACUUCAAGGAAGGCCAAUGACAAUACAAGUUCCAGUUCAAAUGGGUUCACUUAUGGAAAAAUCUCUACUAGCUGACAAUCUUAGACUUCAAGAAAAGUUGCGUCAAAUGCAGACCGUCAUACAAAAUUCAAAAAUCGACAUGGCUGAGUUGUACUCAAAGUUUGGAGAAUUGGCAAAUGAUUGGAGCAAUGUGGUAAAGCAUUUGGAAGAAAUGCAACUGCAACAGAAGAACAAUUACGAAGCAAGAAUCAAAAGUUUGGAAGAAAAGAAUGAACAACUGAUGAAGGAAAAUGAAGAGAUGAAAAAAGUUAUAAAAGAUUUUGAAAAAGUAAAACUGGAAGUUGAAAAACAAAAAAGACAAUUGAAAAUUGGUCAAGUUGCGUAUAAGUUGGAAAGUCUUGUAUUGGAAUAUGUAUUUCCUGGUCAGGAUAAAGCAAGUAAAAGAGCAAGAUAUGGAACAAAUUUGAAGUCUUUAAAAAAAAAGAUUGACAGCCUUAAUGACCAAGAUGUUCAAGAUCAGGCUAAAUCACGUUUUCCCGAGCUCGACAAAGAACUUUUUGAAGAUUGGUUUAUUGGUGUUGUCAAAAAAAUGAAAUGUUCGCGCCUGGACACAGCUCACCCAAAUAUCGGGACGUAUGAAGAAAUGAAGGCUGUAAUAAGUGAGGAAUUUAGUGAUCCAGAUGAGUGUGAUGAUAUGUUGAUAGCAUUGGAUCAUCUCCGUGAAAUGUAUCUGAAGAUGCAACGACCAUUUGGAGAAUAAACACUGAUAUUUUUGAGAUGUUGACACACAUUUCAGAUAAAUGACACACAUUUCAGAUAAAAUAUUUCUUUGAACAGUUUCACAGAAUAUUUCAAUCAUUUGUUUUACUCGUAAAGUUAAAAAUAAUAAAUAAAGACAUCAAUGCAUAAAAUGAUAAUAUCAAUGAAAAACUUGUAAAAAAAUGAAUAGAAAAAUGGGAAUAAUGAUCAGUCCAGAAACUGACACAAGACGAAUAAAGUCAGUCCCGUGAAAAUGUAAGUUUUUUUUAUCUAAUCAAGGCCCUAGAAAAUUUUCACCCAGGAAGUAGAGCCCCCUCGUUCAGUAGAGUCAUUUCGCAAUAACUUGUAGAAAAAGUUAUAAGAAUUCAUAAUAACAACUGCACAAAGAAGACAAUUUAAUAUCUGUAAUGAAACUUUCAACAGUUCACUGUUCAAUAUAUUAAAUAGUAAUAUCAAUGAAAAACUCGUGAAAAGCAAUAAAAUACAUGUACACAAGUUA